GAGAAUUUUUUCCGAAGAGGUUCUACAUGGGGUUUUGUGUUCCUCCAAAACGACUACAAAAACCUUCUCUUUCUCUCCCGUUGAACUCCGUUUUAUUUCACUGCUGGACGCUGCUCUCUCUCUCUUUCUGGUUUUCUGGAGUUGAUUAGAAUUUAUACUCGGUUCAUAUGAAGACUCGGCUAAAACCCUGGUUCUGCUCCAUUUCUCCAUAAGACGUCAGUGCUCUGUUAUUUUGAGCCAAUUUAACCCUAAAACUCAAAUUUCCGUCAUUACCAACUCUCUCUCUCUCUCUCUCUCUCUCUAAAACCUGUUUUAUGCAUUUGCAGAUGCCCCAUUGCCACCUAAUACCUAACCAUGUAUUGUCUUGAAUCGAGUCACCGUUUAUUUAUGCAACAUUACCUUUAAACCCUCUUCUUCCCCCCCUCUUUCUCUGUCUUCUUUCUCUUAGCUCACGAUUAUUUUCUUUAUCAUUGUUACAGUAUAGUGUAUUUUAUUUGUUUAUGCAUUUGUUGAUUGCUGAAUCUCCUUUCUCUCUUUCUCUCUCCUACAUGUGCUACACACAUUCAAACAUUGGCAAAACCAGAUUCAGUGUCGUGCCAACCCUUCCAUUCACUGCGUAUAGUUUUCGUUGAGUAAAUAUUCUCUCACUCACUCUCUCUCACUCAGUUCACACAAUGGCGGCUGUUGAGGAUGAGGCAGUGGAAGCAUUGAAAUCAUGCUGCACAAAGUGGAAAGAGAAGCUCUCGACAUCUGAACAUGGGAGAUUGACACUGAGGAAAGGUAUAAAGAUCUUGGAGAGGGCGAUGGAGGACCUGCAAAAGAAAUUUCGUAGUCUCCAGAAAGAUUACGAAGCUGCGAAAUCAGAAGCACAGUUAGAGAGAGAACUGAAAGAAAAUGAAGUUAGUCAGAGAUUAAAGUUGCAGGAAGAGCUAUGCCAUCUGAAGGAAGAGUUGUCUGCUUUAAAGCAGGCCAAUACAUGUAGCGCUAAAAGCCUAAUGUUAGAAGAUGACUCAGAGUUGAAAAGACUUAGAGACCUUCUCGAUGAGCAGAGAAAGAAGUUGGAGGUAGAGAAGAAGAAGGCAGAAGCUGCACGAAAUCAGGUUAAGGCUGAGAAGAAGAAAGCUGCUGAUGUUAUGAAGCAAGUGCAAAUGGAGAAGGGUAAGGUUGAAGAAGGAAAAAAUCAAGCUGACUUAGAGAAGAAGAAGGCAGAACAAUAUCGAAGAGAAGCUGAUAGAGAGAAAGUGAAUGCAGCAUCUGAGAGGAAAAAAGCAGAGGAAGCAAAGAGAUUGGCUGAGGUAGAGAAAAAGAGGGCUGAUAAUGAAAAACAACGAGCAGAUUCAGAGAUGCGGAAAGCAGAGGAACACAUGAAGCUUGUGGAAGAAGAGAGAAGAAAGGUAUUGCAUGAAAAGAACCAUGCUCACCAUUUGUCUGAAAAAUUAGAGGAGGCACAAAAAAGAAAAGCAGCUGAGGGAAAGCUUCAAAGAUUCAUCCCCAAAGGGAUGGGUAUUGGGAAAUUUUCUCAUGUUGAAGCCCAAGAAAAUUCGUCUGUCCCAUGUGAUGAUAAAGGAUGGAAUAGAUCAAUGCAGAAAAAGUUACUAAAGCAGCAACUGAAGUUGGAAAAGAAACAGUUAAGGCUUGCAGAAAGAAUGGCCAAUGAAGAAAGAAAACAAAAGACGUUACUGCAGCAAGAAAUACUUCUUUUAAAGCAAAAUUGCAUUCACAAUGUGCAUCACCUGAGCUUUAUUGAGAGUCGUUUGGCUUAUGACAUUGAAGAUACGAAUGUAUCAGCUACUGAGGCUAAUGCACAGCAGACACCUUCUCAUAACAAGGGGAAAUCAUCAAUAGGAAGAGACUACAAAUCUUGUCAUAGUGGAAAAAAACUAUGCCCACCUCAAUGGGAAAAUUUGGAUCAUUUGAACUGUUCUAAGCCAACAAUCGAGAAUGCUGGAUCCCUGCUUCCAUUUUCAGUUGGGAGCUCUACUAGUCCCAUAUCAGGUAUUAAUUCUGAGUUGGAGUCUCCAAUUGGAGGGUCUUUCAGAAAUAAGUCACAAAGUUCUGCCAUAUUUUCCACUACCACAUCUUUUUCUGAUAGGGAAUUCGUCGGCUCACAGGAAAGAUGUGCCUGUUCUAUGAUCAAUUCAUCACAAUUGGCAAAGACUACCUCAAGGCAAGACCAUGUCUCUUCGAAAUUGUCAGGUGAAGUAACUGGAUUGGGUCACCAGGAAAAUCUUGGAGAGUCAGUUGAGCUUGGGAAGCCCUUUGUCUCGGCGAAUCAUCCAGUAAAUCUGGUGAGUACAGCUUUGACUUCGUUGCCUGAAGGUAAUAUUAAGCUAUCUCAGUCUGACAAAGGUCGUAGACGUGAAAAGAAGACAAUGAGAGCACAUGAAUUAGAGGGUUCCAUGGCUGAUUCUAAACCUAGAUUGCCCUUGAAGAUGGAGAAGCACCAAUCAUCUUUGGAGGGUAUACCGAAUUAUGGGAAUCAUAGGCCUCUUCCCUUAGCCUCUCUAGGUGAUGGCAAGACUUCAAAAAGAAGGCGAGAGCUUGUUUCUGUACCACUUGUUUCUGGAAAUGAAAAAGCUGAUAGAUCCCACAAGAAAAUGAAGGUCACUGAGAAACAGUCACCUGCUCCAUGCUUUGAAAACAUAAUCUCUACUGAUGUAAUGAAGUUGCUGGCUUUGGAUAAUGAAGCAGACGAGAAAUAUUUUCAGGCAGCCAUGGAAUCACCUCUAUCGCCUACGUUGCCUGAAAUCCCAUGCCAUUAUAUAACAGAAUCUGCAGUAGAUGGGACUGAUAAUUUUGUAGAACAAGUCAUUUUCAAGAUGUUGGAAACUGAGAAAGAUAAUCUGUUCCUUCCUGAGACUUCUGAUGUCGUUGAUACUGAAAUUGAUACCAAUAGGAAGGGAAAUCAUGAGGUUCUCGGAGUAUCCGAAUUUUGUAACUUUGGAGAGCCUAUGCAGUCAAUCGAAGAAGCAACGGCUAACUUUAACUUGCCUGAUAUUGGUGGCUCUUUAAGCAAAUCCGGAGAAUCUAAUGACAGGAUCCUGGAAUCUGAAUUAAAGAUGACCGUUUCUACUUGCAUGCCUAUUUCUUCUAGUAGCUCCGAGAAGGCAAGGGAUUUCUUUCUAAAUAGCAAGGAAAAUACUUUAAUCGGAACUCCUAAGCAUUGUGUCCUGUUUCCAAAUAUCAAGGAUGAAAGAAGCAUCUCUAGAAUAUAUUUUGCCAUGGAAACUUGCAUAUCACAGAAUGCUAAGAUUUGUUGGAAGGAUUGGAUUGUUGAGGAACUUGUGGUCGCCCUUUCAUGUCAAAUUGAUCUUUCUGCUGAGGAAAAGGCUUGUGUCUUCUUUUCAUUGUUGCUUUAUAAUUACUCUAUUAUUCGAUGGGGGAACAGUGGAAGCUCUGCAUCUGAAGAACCUUCCCUUUACUUGGACUCUUUGAAAAUACAAAUGCACAAAGUGUUCAUUGAGAUGGAGUCAAGGUCCGUACUCUUUAAACCAUGUGAGUUUGACAUCUUACUAAGUCUUAUUGGGAACUUUCUAAUUGAUGGAACUCUUCUGGAAAUGAGCAAUUCACCACGUGAGCCGUUUCUUCGUUGUACUUCAAGUGCCAGUGGAACAAAUUUGAACGGCCGAAAUAUUUCAAUCUCCUCUGGAACAGCUACAAUAAGCCAGUUGAUUGCUGCAGUUACCAUUUUAGGAUCAAUUUGUGUAGCUAUCGGUUAUGUGGCCUUCCUUUAUGAGGCGUCAUACAAUAUCCUUCGAUCAUGCAAGAAGAAUUCUUUUUGGAUUCUAACUGUACUCCAUGCAUUUGCUUCCUUAUGUGGAACUGAAUACUUUGUACAGAAAGAUCACAAUUUGUUUAUUGUUGUUGUAAAAUCUAUUGUUUCCGCCCUUGAGAAGAAGGAUAAACUAGACGGUUCGCUUUCUCUUUCUUGUGUUCUACCUAAUGAUGAUGAAAGGUUUCUUCCAUGUCAGGUGUGCCCUUUUGCGGAAGGGGCAACUUGUCUAGAUACAGUGACACAGUUGCUAUUAGAAAAGAUACGGGAUUGUUCUAUCAUGGAAACCCAGCACCCUCAGGAGUCAUCCAUUUUUUCAGAUUGCUUGCUGUCAUCCUUUGCAGAGAGCAUGGGAAGAAGUUCAAACCAUGUUAAUAUCUGUGGUUGUGACAGCAUAGAGAUGCAUGCCAAUGCACCUCAUUGUGUAGGGAGGGAUAUUUUGAAGGAUGUAACUUCUAUGGAUUGUCGAUCUAUCGGCUUGACUUUAUGUUCUUUUGGUGGUUACAUUGCUUUGGUGGAGCUCAUUGCCUAUUAUAUGGGGUGGCAACGUACUUGCAAUGAAAUUUUACCUCAUCUCUGGAGGAUGUUGGAGGCAAGUUCCUCAGAGGAUUAUUCGGUAGCAAUUCUUACGUUAGUUGGUCAACUGGGAAGGCUUGGAGUUGAUGCACACGGAAGCGAAGAGAGCACCAUCUCACAACUAAGGUGCAAACUUUCUGAGUAUUUGAAUCUCCAAACCUCGCAGAAAGGAAGUUUUUUUACCCAAUUUGCUGCUGCUGAAGCUUUAGUUAAUAUUUUGCCAUUAAAGUUUGAAGAAUGUGUGCAUGGAAAUUGUGAGCUUAUGGUCGGUCUGGAUCUUCUUUCUCCCCUCAAAAGUUUAAGGGAGUGGUUCUUUCAGGUCAGCGAAGAUCAGAGAGCCUUGUUACUCCACCAUUUCCGUGAGUGUGCAGAUCAUUAAUGCCUCUAUUGAUGAAUUCAGGUUUUGAUUUUCUUUAGAUGCGGCAAUUUUAAGUUUCUGUUUCGUGAGACAUUCGCUGUAUUUUUCAAGCUGCAUUGCUUGAACGUUUUGCUGGUUUUGGGGGGGAAAUCGGUUGAGCUUCAGUCAUGCUAGUGCACUGUCACAUUGUGAAUCAAUGUUAAGCAAUUUUGAUCUGCUGCUUUUGUUAAUGGAUAUCGAGUGGCAAUUGAAACUUUUCUGUGAUUUA